AUGUCGGACCUCAUAACUCGGCUUUCAGACGCCAUCAUCAUAACCGGUAACCUCUGUGCUGAAAUCAAGAAGACGCGGCACGUAGGGCAUUCCCAUACACAGCUUGACCUGCUCGAGGCAUCUCUCGCGUCAGCACCCUCUCUCCCCUCCCUCAACAUCCCUUCCUCCGCCCACUCAGAGCUUGAAGGCUAUGUGUCUCAGAUGGGCGAAAUCAACGCGCGGUUAGAAAAUAUCGCGCAUCCUAAGAAACACUCUCAUAACGGAGGUGGAAGUGGAAGUGGAGGGCAUGGAAAUGGAAAUAGACAUCAUCAUCAUCAUCAGAGGCAUGAGCACAAGGAGAUGGAGGAUCCGCAUUUUGGGGACCUGAGAGUGGCAUGGGAGGCAGUCAGGGACGGGGUUGAGAAGCUAGUGGAGGGAAAGGGGGAUGCGCAACAGCAGGAGACGGAGCAUCUGGAGGUGAAGUUGGAGAUUAAGGAAGAGGUGAAAGCUGAGGAAACGAAAGUGGAGGAAACCAAAGCAGAAGGAAAGACCGAAGUGGAAACCAUCGAGGAGCAAGACGUAGCAGAAGUGAAAGUCAGCGAAGUCGAGGAGGUGAAAACUCAGCAGAACGAACAUUCAGAAGCGUGA